AUGGCGCAGUUCGCUCACGGUAUCUCGGCGCUGGAUGUGACGCCGUCGGCAGCGCUUAGUGCGCCUGUAUGGCUACUAGGCAAGCGCUACGACGAUGUAGCGGCCGCCGACUUUGACGCGUACAAGCGCAGCUUUGAGUCUAUCCUGUGGUUCACUUACCGUCGCGACUACCCUGCCAUGACACCUUAUGAACACACGAGCGACGCUGGUUGGGGCUGCAUGUUGCGAUCGGCUCAGAUGCUGCUGGGUCAGGCACUACAGCGCCGUAUUUUGGGGCGAGAGUGGCGUCUUCCUGCUCUAUUUGAGACCGAGAUAGACGCUCGACUGCCCGAGACGUACGUGCAGUUGCUGCGGUGGUUCGCAGAUUCGCCCGACGUUGAGUGUCGGUACUCAAUUCAUCACAUGGUGAAGCUGGGCGUGCAAUACGACAAGCUGCCGGGCGAAUGGUACGGCCCCACGACGGCUGCUCAAGUACUGCGAGACUUGGUGAACUUACACAGACGCGAGUUCGGAGGGGAGCUGGCCAUGUAUGUGCCUCAAGAAGGAGUGGUGUACAGUGAUGAUGUGGCGAAGCUCUGUGUCUCACAUAUCGAACAGGAGACAGCGGAGAAGGAAGUGAAGGACGAAGACGCACCGGAGUUCUUUGACCCAUUGUUACACCCCCCUACGACCGAGGACAAGAGCGACUGGAGCACGGCAUUGCUGAUCCUGAUCCCGCUGAGACUUGGACUGGAUCAGGUGAAUGAACGCUACGUACCGGCCAUCCAGAAGACGUUCGCGUUCCCCCAAAGUGUCGGUAUUAUCGGCGGCAAGAAGGGCCAUUCUGUCUACUUUGUGGGCACGCAACAGGACCAGUUACAUCUUCUAGAUCCACACGACGUACACCCUGCACCGGAACUUAAUGCUGCCUUCCCUACUGCGACACAUCUGCGGACGGUGCAUUCCUCACGCCCACUGGUGAUGAAUGUGACCACUAUUGAUCCGUCGCUGGCACUGGGAUUUUUGUGUGAAAAUCGCGCUGACUACGAGGACUUCGAACGUCGCGUACGGAUUCUUCAUGAUGAAGUAAAAGAGGAAGGAGGAAUGUGCCCGUUCUCGGUUGCCGCACGCCGUCCGGACUACGCGGCAAGUGAUGGUGACCUGCUCAUGGCUGACUGCUUGUCAGGUGACGAUGAGGUUUCAAGUGCCGGUGGAGCGGGAGCAGGAGAGGAUGACGAAGAUGACUAUGUUCUUCUUUGA